UUUGAACUGUACAUCUUCCUGAGUUGUUUGUGUCAUUUUCUGGACCUGGAGAGAAUCUGACCUGGAGAGAAUCUGACUAAAUCUGUUUAUAGUUGUUGGUCGCUAUGAAUUUUGAUGAAGAAAGAAAUAGGAGUAUUGAACAAUGGAACGAGCAGAUGUCCCGGAUCUACCUCCCCACACUUGUAAUUGUCAAUGUAUGCUUCGUGGUGGGAUUAAUCUCCAGUUCAACAGUCAUCGUUGUCUUCGUCGCGCGUUUGCGACAUUCGCGCGAUGAUCGCUACUUUAUCCCGUACUUAUCCGCUGUGGACUUGUUUGGAUUGGUGAUGAACAUGUUUGGGAUCUGGGGAUCAUACAUCCACAGUGUAAGCGCAAACAAAGACAUGGCCUUUGCUUGCAAAGGGGUUUGGUAUAUCUGCUCGGCUGUUGGGUGCUUCUCCGCUUUCCUCCUGAUCGGUAUUGCCAUUCAGAGGUACCUGAAAGUCUGUAGACCAUGCGGACAGCAAAUGACCCUGAAAUUCAGACGUCUCUGGUUACUUAUUGCUUUUAUUGUGUCAGUGGCCAUAUCCAUUCCGUUUGUUCUGUUUUACGAUUUUGUUGAGACAAAAAGCUCUAGAUACAAUGUCACCGGAUAUAUAUGUAAGCAAGACCAAACAUCGUCCGACAUGGUAACAGGACCCGCUGCUUACAGCAUAGCCAUUGCCUCGCUCGUUUUUGUCAACAUUAUACUUUUAGUCAUAUUGUACUGUUUCAUCGGGAGAGCAAUUUGCCAACAGACAGAUAUGAGGAAGAGGCGGAGAUCGAGCGCCAAGAGGAGAAAUAAUCUGCUGACCACCGUGACAAACACUGACAUAGACUUCCCGACCACCACCAUGGAGGAGACGUCAUUCCAAUACCAGAACGAUGACGUAUCCGAGUACUGUGACUGGACGAUGGAUAAACGCGACCGGUCGUCAAAGGACGCCCAAAACGGAACAAACCUCGACCCAAAGUCCAAAUCAAAAUCUCUGGGACAAUUUUAUCGAAAGCUUAAUAGACAUGUGGACAGGUUUACGUGCAUGUUCCUGACCAUAACCGCUGUUGCCAUGGUCAGCUACAUUCCGAAAGCCUCGAUUCUAAUCGCAGAGUCAUUGAAUACUUCUUACUGGGAAGAGCAGACGGAUUUGGAAAGAACCUUUUCUGAGAUGAUCUACCGCCUCCAUAUUUUACACCAUACCAGCAAUUCAUUCAUCUAUGCUUAUUUUGACUCGCGAUUUCGAACUGAAAUAAAAAACACUGUUCGUUCAAUUUUCAAAAAGUAAUAUACACCUUCCGUUUGUCUGCCGAAAAUGCCUUAUUUUUAAAUUCCAUCCGGAUGGUGUAAAAACAAAAAAACAGUUUUAUAACGUUAAAAUGGGAGUGUAAAAUUGUUCGAAUAGAAUUCAAGCAAGUCGAAAUAAAUUUGCAUCCGUAUCACCUCGUGCCAUACUAACAUCAUGUACACAUGCAAUUAUUGUGCGUAUAGAUGGAUAGUAACAAUGUACAUAAAAGAUAAAAAGUAUAAAGGCACGAAGCAUCGUUUUUGAAAGUGAAAGGGGUGCACCCCCCCCCCCUCCCCCCAUGCUACGUGCCUGGUAUAUCGCGUUUGACCGUAAUAUCUAGAUUCUACAUGUGUUUGUACUUUUGCCAAGAUUUAUAAAAAUAUAUAUACAGUUAUAGAUAACAGAACUUCCUUAUUGGACUGUACUUAGUGUCGCAUAUUUAGUCUACACUAAAAUGUUUUUAUGAAUGUCACAAAUAUUGUUGGAGUUUUGUCUCGUGAAAAAGGAUUCGUCAACUUAUAUGGAUAUGUGGAUAUAUAUAGUGCAUCAGAUUUUCUUACGUAGCUUUUUAGCUCAUCAGAGUUAAAAGCUCAAGAGAGCUUUUCUAAUCAAAAUUUGUCCGGUCUCUGUCGUCGGCGGCGUUGUCGUUGGCGGCGUUGUUGUAAACUUUUCACACUUUCAUGUUCUUCUACAGAACCUCUGGGUAGAUUUCAGCCAAACUUGGCACAAAGCAUCACUGGGUGAAGGGGAUUUAAGUUUGUUCAAAUGAAGGACCACGCCCUAUUUAAUGGGGGGAUAAUUUAGAAUUAUUGAAAAUUUAUGGUGUUUUUCGAAAAUCUUCUUUUCAAAAACUAUUAGGCCAGAAAAGCUGUAACUUGUAUGGAAGCAUCC